AUGGACAAGCAUACUACUAAGCCCAAGCUCAGCUUAGUUAACAAAGCCAACUUAGAUAGAAUCCUGCAAGCCGAGGUGUACGUGAACGAAACUGACGGUCAACUCCAAGUAGCCCAUCUAAAUCUUGGGUACAUGCCACUUUCAUUCGCCUUCCAAGUGCCUAAGUACGUGAUCAAGGCUCGCGACCCUCGGCUUCACCGCAUCAACGUUGCUUUCGAAGGAUUCAUUGUUCUAAAGGGUAUCCCACUCCCUCAAGAUACUUCUCGCACCCAAACCCUUUUUAUGGCCACUCCUUCAAUUGGAGCAUCCUCAUCCCAGCCCGUUCUCGAGAAAGAGGAAGAAAAGGAAGAAGAAGAAGAAGAAGAAAGAAGUCCAGAGGAGGUUGUGGACUUAUCAGACUCCUCAGACGAAUUUGUGAUUUUUAACCAGACUCUACCCUCCGAGGACGUAUCUGACGAAAUGGGUGUUCAAAGGAAACCUCAGAAGAGUUUAAUGGAGCUAAUAGAAAAUCAACCUGGAAAAGGUGCACCGGGGAAAUCUACACAGUCUCAGAUUCUCCCUCCUCUUCCCAAAUCUCCACCUCCUACUCCUCACCAACCUCAAUCAAUCAGACCUGAACAUGAUGAUCCUAAAAGGAAAAGAAAGCAGAGAGGGAAAGAUGUGGUUGAGGCCGGAAAAGCCCGUUCGACCCGGGAAGACGAGGCCCAACGAGUUACGAAGCAGCAAAAGGUCAGCCACACUUCACAACGGGGCCUGGAGAGGUUGGACACUCAGCCUCCAGAGCCACGAGCCUGGCUCCCAGCACCCAUGCACGGUGGGGAGCCCCUAAGGGAUGAUGCAUCACUCAGGGAUUUCAACAGUGGCAUUGGGUGCCACGUUGCCUUGGCCGUGGAGGAGGCCUUGCUGCUCCCUAAAGACAUGGCUGAGCUGAAGAACAUGAGGAAGAAUGAGGUUUUCCUCAACUGCAAAAGAUAUCUGGAAAUGGUUGUCCAAGCCACUUUCAGGCUGGAGGAGAUCACCAAUAACUGCUACCAGCAAUUGGAUGAUGAGAGGAAAAGACGAACAACAGUUGUGCAAUCACUGACUAUCACUGAACAUAGCAAUGCUGACUUGAAGAAAAAACUGGUCGAGGAGCAGAAUGCUCGCUCGCUCAAGAAGCAACUUAAGGAGGCCCAAAGGCUAAAAGAUCAGGCUGAGAAGGCAAGGAUUGAGGCCGAGAAGGCUAGGGACGAGGCCGAGAAAAAGGGUUACGAUCUUGGAGUAGCUAAGACCGAGGAAACCCUUAGGGCAGAAGUCCCAGCUGUGUGUCGCAUUUACUACUCCCAAACUUGGGAUGAAGCCCUUAACCGAGCUGGGGUUGAGGCUUCUUCUGAGUUAAGGAAACCAGAAAAUGUGUUUUACUCUUUUGCAAUACGAGCCUCGGACCUUCCUUCUGCUCCAGAUGAGGAUCCUGCUGUUCCCGGCCAGCAAGAGCCAACAAAAGAAACCGGUGCUUCCCAAGAGCUACCCUCGGCCAAGGCUGCAGUUGUUCCCGAGGCAAGAGCAGCUUCCCAAGGCUUCCAGCAAGACUUGGCUUCAAUUGUCUUGCCUGCCGAGGGAGCCUCCAAAGAUAAAGAAGGAACAACUACUUCAGAGGCAGAUAACCCGGCCAACAAAACCUCCAAGCUCCAAAUCAAGUUGAAGAAAUGA